GGUGUGUACGGAUGGCCAGUGAACACACUCAACCCAGUCCAAACAGCGAGCCCCUUCAUCGAGAUCAUUGAACAGCCGAAACAGCGCGGGAUGCGCUUUCGCUACAAAUGCGAGGGGCGCUCAGCGGGAAGCAUACCUGGGGAGAAAAGCAACGACACCACCAAAACCCACCCGGCCAUUAAGGUGCACAACUACAGUGGUCCGCUGCGCGUUCGCAUCUCCCUGGUGACAAAGAACACGCCGUACAAGCCUCAUCCGCACGAGCUAGUGGGAAAGGACUGCAAGCACGGCUACUAUGAGGCCGACCUGCAGGAGAGGCGGAUACACAGUUUUCAGAACUUGGGCAUUCAGUGUGUGAAGAAGAAAGAUGUGAUUGAGGCCAUCACCUGCAGGCUGCAGACCAACAACAACCCCUUUAACAUUCCCGAGGCCAAGGUGUGGGAAGAGGAAUUUGACCUGAAUUCAGUGCGACUCUGCUUCCAGGCUUCCAUCAAGCUGCCUACGGGGGAACUUUUCCCCCUGGAGCCCAUGGUCUCUCAGCCCAUCUUCGAUAAUAGGGCUCCAAACACAGCAGAGCUAAAGAUCUGCAGAGUGAACCGCAACUCGGGCAGCUGCAAAGGUGGUGAUGAAAUCUUUCUACUGUGCGACAAAGUGCAAAAAGAGGACAUUGAAGUACGCUUCUUCCAUGACAACUGGGAGGGCAAGGGGACAUUCUCUCAAGCUGACGUUCACAGGCAGGUGGCCAUCGUGUUCCACACGCCGCCCUACCGCGACCCCAACCUUAGCGAACCCGUCCGCGUCAAGGUGCAGUUGCGCAGGCCCUCGGACCGCGAGGUUAGCGAGCCCAUGGACUUCCAGUACUUGCCCGCUGACCGAGACGAAUACAGGCUGAGCGAGAAGAGGAAACGCACCGGCAGCAUGUUCGAGAGUCUCAAGCUGGGAUCGGUGUUGACCACAGUGUCGAUGCCGACGGCGGAUCGACGACACAUCAGCACCGCUCGGCGGACGGUCCCGACCAAACCUUCGACAAUCAUGGCCCCGACUUUUCCUCCUAGCGCCAGCGGGGCGAAACCGCAACCCACCUUCGCUUACGUGCAACCGAGUCAGAUGUUCUCGGCGCAGACCAAGGCGGAGGUCUCCCCGUUACCGUCGGCCGCGAGCCAAUCGUGGAAGAUCAUGGAGAGCUUGAAUUUGGGUCCGCAGCCCAAAGCUGUUCAGGUUCCCAGUUUGCCUAUGAACCAGCCUUCCGUCCCUAACCAGGAGUACUCCACCGUUAGCCUGUCAGACAUUCAGGAGUUCUUUCCCAGCAGCGCCGCCGAGCCUUCAGCCUCGCAGGGGAGCGUGGGCUCUUCGCAGUCAACGGGCUUCUUCCAUUUAAUGGGCUCUCACUUCCCAGUGCCGGGCGGUCCUGCCGAGGACGACGUCCCGCAGUUCCCCAUCUUUUCGGAAGCCCAGACCCAAGGGACCCUGGACAGCCUCAACAUGGACGAUUUAGAGGACCUCCUGAACCCGCCACAUGAAAACGUGGACGGCCAGCGAGCAUCGGCCGCGGGCCAGCAUAACGCGGCGUCUCAGAACACUUCAGACCAAGCCGGCGUCCCGGCGAGCACCUGGAUGAAUUAUCCCAACAGCAUUGUCAACCUGCUCCAGAACGAGAGCAUGAUGGACGUCUUGACCAACAGCAACCAACAGAGGCCCGCCGUUCUGGACGAGUUCGACGAAUUUGACGAAGAUCGGCUCUUUUCGUUUUUAAACAGCGGAAGCCAAGCUGGUUUUGUUUCAGGACACCCGACUUAA